GCUUCUUCUAGGUGCCAAUGGAGAAGAUUGUCAAAGGUCCUACCACCAACAAUCUUUCAGUGUUACCGGCUUCUCACCGUAUGGAUGCCUCUCUGACUCCACCACCAGUGCCUGAAAAAGACGUACAAAAAGGAAUCCUCAGUCUACUGCAGAGAGGUCUCAUUCCUCCAGCUGCUCGGCUCACCUUGGUUCCUCCUGCCAUUCAGCCCCAUAACCUGGCCCUGCGUAGUUCUCAGUCUCGCUGGACAGCUUCUAAUUCACAAGGGAAAGGCCGUGUCAAGCCGUCAGAAGAGGAUUCGCAUGGAGAAGACCAGGACCACUUAGAUUCCCAGCGAUCGCCCAAUGGAACGGAAAUGCCAUUUGCUUCAGCACGUCACAACGUUUCCAAACAAACUACAAGGACAUCAGCCAAUGUGACAAACCAAGAAAGAGAAGCCAGCGAGUCUCCCCGAUCACAGCAGGAUCCUUGGGAGUUGACCGCCAUCACUGCUCCCAUUGGUCAGUCUUUGACCAUCUACGACGGUGCGAUCGAUCCCCAGGCUGAC